AGUUCUUGUUCAUAAACACUGCUCUCAACCAAUUUCCAAAGCUAAAAACAAUGGCUGAUGCUCUCAUUUCCGUGCUGCUAGAACGGUUGGUCUCGAUAACCUAUGAAUACGUGGAAGGAGAGUUGAAACAUGUUUUGAACGUUAAGGAAGAUGUUAAGAAAUUCACUCGGACUCUCCGAGUAAUUCGAGCUGUGCUUGAGGAUGCAGAGCAACGCCAAGUGACGGAUCGAGCUGUCAAAAUCUGGUUGGAUGAGCUCAAAGAUAUAUCCUACCAGAUGGUGGAUGUGCUGGAUGAGUGGAACACAGACAUUCUCAAACAACAAGUUGAGAAGCAAGAAGGAGAAGGUGAUCCAACUACUCUUGUUACAAAGAUGAAGGUAUGUUUCUCUAGUUUCUUCAGUUGCUUCAGUUGCUUUUGUUUUGGCAAAGUCAGUCGGGUGUUUCUUCGCCAUGACAUUGCUCUGAAAAUAAAAGAUCUGAAUGACGAGUUAACUAAGAUUAAUAAGGAAAGAGAAGAUUACCAGUUUCUAAGCAAAGAAUUAGGCAUUCAACAACCUCAACGACCUCAAACUGCAUCUUUUGUCGAUAUAUCUGAGAUAUUUGGUCGAGAAACUGAAAAAGAGGAUUUGAUAACAAACUUGUUGAGUGAUAGUAGUGCGGAAGGGAAGGGGCUCCUUAUCAUCCCUAUUGUAGGGAUGGGAGGCAUGGGAAAGACCACUUUGACCCAACUAGCCUAUAAUGAUGACAAUGUUAAAGCCCAUUUUGAGAUCAGAAAAUGGGUUUGUGUGUCAGACCCUUUUGAUGAGAUUAAGAUUGCCAAAGAUAUUAGUGGCGAUUGCGCCACGAGUUCAAAUCAGCUGGAUUAUGUCUUGCAACGUAUGUCUGAAUCCAUCCAGGGCAAAAGGUUUCUUCUUGUCCUGGAUGACGUGUGGACUGAAAACCGUCAAAAGUGGGAGCUUUUAAAGGUACCACUAAUGCAAAACGGUGCUAAAGGCAGCAUAAUAUUGGUCACCACAAGAAAAAUAGAGGUUGCUAAUAUGAUGAGAGCAAUACCAAACAUGAUCAAGCUGAAAGGGUUGAGUGAUGAAUAUUGUUUGGCAAUCUUCAAUCAUAUGGCCUUUCCUGAUGGGGAUGUAGAUGAGUCUAAGGCAUUUGAAGAUAUUAGUAAGAAAAUUGUAAAGAAGUGUGAAGGUUUGCCUCUUGCUGCAAAGACUUUAGGUAGUCUCAUGCGGAAUAAGAGAACGAAAAGAGAAUGGAAAGAAGUUUUGAAUAGUAAGAUAUGGGAUCUAGAGAAGGUCGAGCAAGAAGUUUUCCAACCCUUAUUACUAAGUUAUUAUGAUUUGUCCCCAACAAUUAAAUGUUGCCUUUUAUAUUGUGCUACUUUUCCUAAAGAUUACACGUUUGAACGAGAUCGUUUGAUUGAACUUUGGAUGGCACAAGACUAUGUUAUUUCGAAAUGGAAUAAACAAAAGGGAACAACGGGUGAUGUAGUUUUUGACAACUUAGUGGCACGGUCAUUUCUCCAAGAUUUUCAAAAAGAUCCAGACACUGGUACCAUUACAGGUUGCAAAAUGCAUGAUAUUGUGCAUGACUUUGUACAAUUUCUCACCAAGAAUGAGUGUUUGAUUAUGGAUCACACAGAGUGUGCUACUAGCGAAUCAAAGUUAUUGGGUGAUAAGGUUCGUCAUUUGACCUUGAGAUAUUUUGUUGAUGGUCCACUUGCUAUCUCAUCCAACAAUUGCCAAAAGCUUCGCACGCUUGCAACUUUUGAUUCAAGAAUUACUACAAUAGACUCAAAUUUAAUUUUACAAUUGAAAUGUCUUAGGACAUUAAAUUCGAGUCGUAAUUCCAUGAAAGAACUCCCAAAGGAGAUUGGUGAAUUGAUACAUUUGAGGCAUAUUGAUUUGUCUUACAAUAAUUAUUUGGAGAAAUUACCAGACACUAUUUGUGGUUUGUACAAUUUGUCAACCUUGCGCCUUGUGCGGUGCUCUAAACUUAAAAAACUGCCUGAAAACAUGGGAAACUUGAUUAACUUAAAGCAUCUUUAUGUUGACUGGUGUGAAGAUAUGAAGUCGUUGCCGAAAGGAAUAGGGAGAUUAACAAGUUUGCAAACACUAGAUGUGUGUCCGUGUGGUGGCGACAACGAUGAAGCAUUCCAAAUUGGGGAUAUGAGAAUGUUGAACCUCGAGGGAAGUCUCGUAAUACAACUUGUGGGGGAUGCGACAGAUAAGAGCGAGGUUGAGAAAGCACAAUUGUGGGACAAAAAGCUAUUUCAUCUCACCGUUCAUUUUGAAAGGCAGACGAACAGUAGUAGUAGUAGUGUAGAAAUACUGAAUGCCUUGCGACCGCAUCCAGAUUUGGAAUCUUUACAGAUUCUGCAUCAUAAUGGCACCACGUGGCCCAAUUGGAUUCAGUCUUUAAAAAAUUUGAGAUUCCUUACUCUUGUUGGGGGGACACAGUGUGAACUUUGGCCUCUUGGGAAAUUGGAGUACCUUGAAAGACUGACGCUACUCGAGAUGGUAGGAGUGAGAAAGGUCGGUGUUGAAUUUUUGGGAUUAGAAGAUCAAACCUCAUUCAGAAUAAGAUCGCCCCAGAUAUCAUUCCCAAAAUUGAAACAACUCAGCUUUGCCCUCAUGUGGAAUUGGGAAGAGUGGGAAGGCGUGGAAGAGUGGACGAAAGAGGAUUCUGAAAUUACAAUCAUGCCAUGCCUUUCUAAGUUAGACAUGGAGUGGUGCCCUUUACUACAAGCACUGCCAGACUUCCUCUUCAAAACACCACUGCAGACUCUUCGCAUCCGUGGAUCUGAGAGACUUUUAGAGCGUUACCAAGAAGGCAAUGGAGAGUGGGCCAAGAUUUCUGCUACGAACCCAAACAUCCGCAUUAUCAGGGACUCUACUGAAGCAAACAGAGUGCUGUAAACCAUCAAAAGUCGGCCUACAGAAGUUCCAAUAACUGAAAUUUUGAUUAUUUUCACCACUCGCUAGCUGCAGUGCUUUGACGUUUGUUUUGUUAAAUCUCUGGAUUUUAGAGCAUCAAGGGAACUUGUCCUGCUUUGUUUGACUGAUUUCGAUGAAGCUUUUACCUAAAAUGAGAUUUUCUUUUCGUAGUUACUGGAGCUCUUUUCGUGGCAUGGGAGGGAGGGAAGAGUGAAUAUGACCCCAAGUUUCAUUUUAAUUCACCUUCAAGUGUCAUCAAGUUGCUCAAAGGCUAUAUGAGGGACUCUAUGGAAGCGAACGGAGUGGUGUAAAGCAUCAAAGUCAGUCUACGGAAGUUCCAAUAACUGAAAUUUUGAUAAUUUUCAUCAAAAGUCAGCCUUGAGAACUUGACAGAGACAUGAUGAAUUUCGAAGGUCUACUGAGCUUUUGAUUUACAAACAUUGAUGAGUGGUUUGUAAGCAGAAACUUCGUGAACACCUUAUUUUUAAGGGACAGGCAACAUCGACUGUAUAUAUAACUAAUCUACUGGUGUAUUGGUCAUUUGCAAAACUUCCUUUGUGUCAUUAAUUCGUAAAAUGCACUCUGAGGCCAGCUGCAGUGCUUUGAUGUUUGUUUUGUUAAAUCUCU